UGCCUGAAGCCAUCCGCAGCCUCCGAUGCGUUCCAGGGACCGUGACCGUCCCAAGGCUCCAGCUCGUCUGGAGGUGCUGCAUGCGGAGACAGAGGCCUUCAGACGGCGCCGCCUGGCGGUCCCUAUUGCGCGGACCUCCGUUUCCGAGUUCUGGUGGUGGACGGCCCAGGUCUGGAAGUCACGCGUUCCAGGGGCUCAAGGAAUGAACGGCCACAGUAAAGACAGCCCAGAUCUCAACCGCAGGGCAGCGGGUGCAUUUCUCACUGCAGCCUGUCUCCGGCAUGGCCGGUGUGUUCAGUUCAACCACAGCCAGGUUCCUAGGGGCGAUGGCAUUUCAUAUCAGGGCUUUUUCCAAAUCAUCGCCGCGAAAACGUCUCCACUAUCGUUCAUUCUUUUCUCAAAUAUGUGUGAACCUCUGGUCCAAACAAGGCCCAAGUUCACAGACCAAAGGCUUAAGCCCUUGGUUAAGUGCUCAGGACGAAGUCAUAGGCGUGGAUGCAGUCAAUGCCAGCAGAUUAGAAGAGCCCACGGCUGCUGACAGCUGGAACUCCUGUGCACACCUAGGAAUGUAUAUGCAGGGUGCUGGAUUAGGCCAGGGACGCAGCGCGGAGUGAAGCCCAGCACUGAGAUGAGAUGUGGUUCUGGACUCCUAACUGAAGUUCACAUGCUUCUCAUCUUCUGUCAUAGCAACUAGAAACCAUAUGUGUCAAGGUGACACCUGGAGACGUGAAAGAUCAGGAAAGGCCGAUGCCACCGCUGGCCACCAUCCAGCCCCAAACAGCAAGACAGAGCCAGCCUCCGGGGAGGAGCUCCAGCCUGGUGGGGCUGCGCGUGGCCUGCCCUCAGCUGCUUAGGGGGCAGCCCUCGGGGAGGACCGGGCCACAGCUGUGCUUCCUCAGAAGCUCACUUCGGCCUCCUGUUCCUCGGGUGUUUGUACAGAGGCCCCUGCCCGCCCUCCAGCCAGUCCCUCCAAAGAGAGUCAAGGCCUCCCAGGCUCCAGGUGGCCAAGGUGACCGGUUGACUGCUCUGGCAGCCUCUCACCUGCCCACAAGAACGUCCAUUUCUUCCAGUUCACAUUUACUCAUUUCCAGCUUGCACACGAAACAUGCCAAGAAGCUAAAAAAAUCUUUCAAGGUGCAAACUCGUUCUGGACGGAUAUCUCGACCUCCUAAGUACAAAGCUAGAGACUAUAAAUUCAUCAAAACAGAGGACUUGGCUGAAGGGCACCCUUCGGAUUCCGACGACUACUCAGAACUGAGCACGGAGGAAGAGGAAGGCCAGAGGGAGAAGCAGGCUCUCUUUGACUUAGAGAGCUGUGCCCUGAGGCCCAAGACCUUUCGGUGUCAGACUUGUGGCAAGUCAUACAUAGGAAAGGGGGGACUGGCCCGGCAUUUUAAACUUAACCCAGGCCACGGCCAGGUGGAUCCUGAGACACCACUGCCUGAGAAGGCCACUGGAAGUCUCUCCCUGGGAUGCACGGAAGAAAGGACUGGAGGCCUGACCUCUCCAGAGCGGUGCGCACCAGCUGCUAAACGUGAGGAAGGGGCAGAGUCAGAACAGGGUGGCCAGCAGGAUGGGCAGUCUGUAGAAGAGGCAUUGGUACCUGAGCCAGAAAAUGGAAGUCAUUCAGCUCUUUUGGGAUCAGAGAGUCACCUUGGACCUAGAAGAAGUGGAGACUUGCAGACCCUGGCAGAGUCUAGUGCAGCUGUCCAUCAGAGGAUCCGAGCAUCCCAGCCCCACGAAGGCCCUGCUGGGACCAUGAGGAGGAAUGCCUCAGGGAGCAGAGCCCUGCUGGAGGAGUGUCUGCAGCAUUGUGACCAGAAGGAUCUGGUGGAGUUGGCGCUGCCUCAGCUGGCUCAGGUUGUGACCAUGUAUGAAUUCCUUCUGAUGAAGGUUGAGAAAGGUCAUCUGGCAAAGCCUUUUUUCCCAGCCGUGUAUAAGGAAUUUGAAGAGUUGCAUAACAUGGUUAAGAAACUGUGUCAAGAUUACCUCAGUGGUUCUGGUCCAUGCUCUCAGGAGCCCCUGGAAGUAAACAAUGAUAAGGUUGCUGAAUCACUAGGAAUCACGGAGGAAUUCCUGAGGAAGAAAGAAACACACCCAGGCUGCAAUCCCCCCAAGCGCCCUAGCCAAGAGAUGGAAGGGGAGAAGCUAGAGGCAGCCAGCCACCAGCAGAGGGGAAAUGAGGCCACAGAAGAGGAGCUGGCCAUGGUGAAAAGGCCCCGAAGAGACGCUGUGUGCACAGAUGCCCUCAAGUCUCCUGCUGCCCACAGUGGAGGCCAGGAGAAGACCGGGCCUUCCAAUGCCCCAGCUGCCUGUGAGGGUUUUGCCUCUCCAGCAAGUGGGAGCGCCCCUCCCUAUUCUGAAGAAAGCCAUGGGAUGGCACUUUUUAAUAGUGGCAGAAGCAAAUUACAUGUGGGCCAGCAGCUUAAAGCUUUUGAUGACUUCAGAGCCAGGAGGAGGUCUGUGGGCUCCGCUCCCCUGUGCGGGGCCACCAGUCGGCCAGCUCUUCAUGCUCAGUUAAGAGAGCCUGGGGGCCUGCCUCCGGCCCAGGUGGCAGCACUUCCUGAAGAUAAUGAUCCGGAACACUCUGCAGACUCCAACACCAGGGACAGCCAGAGGAGCCCAGGUGUCUGUGGUGUCCUGUCAGGUAGAAGAGGGGAAUGCCUGCUGCCUGGCAGGUCUGGAAGUGCAGAGGUAGGGAACCGUGGUGAGAUGUGUGGCUCCCACCUGAACUGCCAGCAGGUCGGCCCCAGGCACUCUGUGGCCCCUUCACUGAAGAUUUUGCCCAUGGAUGCCAUGCCAGUAGACUGUGCCUCCAGAACGGUGUCAGAGCCAGGGCCUCAGCCUGGCCCAGACGGAUCACUGCCAACUAAAGAGGGUCUUGGAAGCCAAGCUGGGGACUUGAACUGGUUCCCCUGUGGGACACAGGUGCACAUUGACCAGAGAGAACUGGAAAGUGUGGUGGCUGUAGGGGAAGCCUUGGCAUUUGAAAUUCCCAGUGGGUGUCAGAUGUUGUCUCAGGAACAGAUUUUUAUUCAGACUUCAGAUGGGCUUAUCUUGUCCCAUCCAGGCACCAUAGUGUCUCAGGGGGAGGACAUUGUCAUAGUGACUGAUGCCAAGGGGCCUGCCCUACAGACUGGUCCACCAGAAGAGGGUCCUCCAGAGACUGUGGAGACAUUCCUCACUGUAGAGACAGAGCCCUCCCAGUGACAAGGAGUCCAAAGCUUGAUCCUGGAUUUGUAUGCAUUUUAUCCAGAGAAGGUCUAUUCCAGGCAGUGUAUAUUUUUCUAAUGUGAACACUGAUACAAAUGAACCGUUUAUUUAUAAAGUACUAUGUGUGUCUACCCUACUGUUUUUCUGCAGAGCUCCUCAUAGUAGAGGCAGAUAUAAAUUGCCUGAUAACAAAUCCCUCCUAUGUAUCUCUUAGGAGCUUUUGGUGGCUGUCAUAAAAUGGCUCCAAUAUUACUUGAUUUUCAGCCCAGCUUUCCAUUUCCACAAAGUGAUGUCCCCUUCUCUGUUCAUGCCAUACCACUUCUUCAUCAGACUUGGUCUUAAUACUAGAAGCUCCUUCUGUUAGAAAAAUGAAAAAGCUAUGCACUCUGGGCAGCAUGCUGUUGAGAAGUCGAAUAGUCAUGUCCACCCACAUUGUUUGGAGGGGAAAUAAGGUACAAAUAACUGAUAGGACAGCUCACUGCAGUCCAUGGCAGCUGGGUCUCAGGUGGAAGCUCAGUUCCACUUGGAAAGUCACUUCUUGGGGUCUUUUCUUUGGGACUUUUACCCUGGCUUUAUUAUAGGGUAUGAAGGGAAGGUGGUUUUCCCCACUAGACGAGAGCACUCAAAGGGAGCAGCUGGUGCACUGUCAGGAACAGAGAUGGGUCUAUGGCACAGCAUCUACAUCACAACACUCUGACAUACAAAAUGAACAAAUGGGAAUUAAUUUUUCUAAUAAAGCACUUUGUUUUGUA